UGUUGCAGAGCUCAUUUUAUUAAUCAGUCUGUCAAUUUCACCCCAGAGGCCAAACCCCAUAGUAAGAUCUGAUCAAGCUUGAGAGAAGAACCUUACAGUUCAUUCCUUGUCUCUCUCUGUACCUGGAUAUAUUUGUCUGCUUGGAAUCCGCCUCCAUUACCAAACUGACAGGAGCUUGUAUUUAUUUGCUUAUAAAACUGUUACAAUAAAUGACUAUUCAAACAGCGUCAUUCAUGCAUUAAUGACUAGCCCUACUUUUUGAUGAAUGACAUUUGUGGCUGGGGAGGAUGUAUGGGUCAUUUUGACCAGUCACUCCAUAGCUUUGGCAUCCCACAAUUUUUACGCAGCUGCACAAAAAAAUAUAAUAUUUAGAGACACUACCAGGCUGAAUGUGAAUUGGCCCCUGCUGCUGAUCAUCAUUACAACAGCACCAACCCUUCCACAUUCCACUUUUUUUUCUACACCAAAGCUGAGAUGAUGGAAAGGAUAAGAAAGGAGAUGAUCCUCAUGGAAAGGGGGCUGCACAGUCCAACCACAGGGAAAAGGCUUCCCAAUUUGUCCGACUCAGCUGGAAAUGCAGUACUGGAGGCCCUGGAAAAUGCUCAUCACACAGCACGCCUGAGCCCAAGACUAACUUCUGCCUCCAUGCAUGGAUCACUAGGGGACCUUCCCAGCAAGGGCAAAUUCGAAAUAGACACUUUGUUCAACCUCUCUCGCCAAAAUAGCGAGGGCAACAACGCUCCUGACAUCGGAUCCUCUGAAAUCAGGAAGAAAAUUAGCCAAUAUUCAGAAGUGGCUCAGGAGGCAGAUAUGAACAGUGAUGUGGAGCUGGGCUGCCCAGGACUUCGUUCACCCAGCAGCCUAAGUGCCAGCCAGCUCAAAGAAAACAAAGGUAGUGUUUUUACAGAAUGUGGCUCGGUAGCCAGCAGUACCAGCUCAUCAGGAGGCUCGGGAUUAGGCAGCAUUAACAACGGCAAUUCCGUGGGGAGCUCCAGCUCUGCAGCUGAUCAGGUGCGGCGGUAUCGUACAGCCUUCACCAGAGAACAGAUAGGGAGGCUGGAGAAGGAAUUCUACAGGGAGAACUAUGUAUCUCGUCCCAGGAGGUGUGAGCUGGCUGCUGCUCUCAACCUGCCAGAGACAACCAUCAAGGUGUGGUUCCAAAACAGGCGGAUGAAAGACAAAAGGCAGCGCCUGGCUAUGUCCUGGCCUCAUCCAGCAGACCCCAGCUUCUACACUUAUAUGAUGACUCACGCUGCGGCCACUGGGAGCCUUCCUUACCCCUUCCACUCGCACGUGCCUCUGCACUACUACCCACAUGUAGGGGUCACGGCAGCGGCGGCAGCUGCAGCAGCUUCAGGCGCAGCAGCGGCGGCGGCCGCAUCACCUUUUGCUACUUCCAUCCGCCCCUUGGACACUUUCCGAGCCCUAUCGCACCCUUACUCUCGACCAGAACUACUUUGCAGCUUUAGACACCCGGGUCUGUACCAAUCCCCGGCAGGGAUCAAUAGUACUGCUGCGGCAGCUGCUGCCGCUGCGGCUGCUGCUGCUGCCUCGGCACCGGGUUCCGCACCAUGUUCCUGUCUCAGUUGCCAUAGCAACCAGGCGGCGUCUGCGCUUGGUUCCGCCAGCAGGGGCUCGGAUUUCACUUGCACUGCAGCCUCCCAGAGAUCAGAGAGCAGCUUCCUUCCGUACUCUGCUGCUGUACUCAGUAAAACGUCUGUCACCCCCCCGGAUCAGAGAGAGGACACCCCUCUGACAAGAUAACUGUACCCUAGAGAGCCCACCUGGCUCAGUGCUGAGCACCCAGCAGACUGAUCCCCUAUUGACCUAUUUGC